GAGCUGCGAUGCCCUCGGACUUCAUCUCUCUGCUCAGCGCCGACCUCGACCUCGAGUCCCCCAAGUCGCUCUACUCCAAGGAAUCUGUCUAUGACCUUCUCCCAAAGGAGCUGCAGUUACCACCUUCCAGAGAAACAUCCAUAGCAUCCAUGAGCCAAACAAGCGGCGGUGAGGCCGGUUCGCCGCCUCCAGCUGUAGUUGCUGCUGAUGCUUCUUCAGCUCCCUCCUCUUCCUCCAUGGGCGGUGCUUGCAGCUCCUUUACCACCUCUUCCAGCCCUACCAUUUACUCUACCUCAGUCACCGACAGCAAGGCUAUGCAAGUGGAGAGCUGCUCCGCGGCCGUGGGGGUAAGUACCCGAGGGGUAAGUGAGCAGCAGAUAACCGGGAACGCAGCCCCGCAGCAGCCGGCCACGCCGAAGCGCCACACAGUCCUGUACAUCUCGCCACCACCCGAGGACUUGCUGGACAACAGCCGGAUGUCCUGCCAGGAUGAGGGCUGUGGAUUGGAGUCAGAGCAGAGCUGCAGUAUGUGGAUGGAGGAUUCACCCUCCAACUUCAGUAACAUGAGUACCAGUUCCUACAAUGAUAACACUGAGGUGCCACGUAAAUCGCGCAAGCGCAACCCAAAGCAGAGGCCAGGGAUCAAACGCCGAGAUUGCGAAGAGUCCAACAUGGAUAUCUUUGAUGCCGACAGUGCCAAAGCGCCUCACUAUGUCCUUUCUCAGCUCAGCACGGACAGCAAAAGCAACUCAAAAGCAGGAAAUGGAGCAUCAGAGAACCAGAAGGGAGCUGGAGGGAAGAAGACCCCAAUGUUGUGUGGUCAGUACCCGACUAAGAGCGAGGGGAAGGAGCUGAAGAUCAUGGUGCAGCCAGAGACCCAGCACAGGGCUCGGUACCUGACCGAGGGCAGCCGGGGCUCCGUCAAGGACCGGACGCAGCAGGGCUUUCCCACUGUCAAGCUGGAAGGCCACAAUGAGCCCGUGGUGCUGCAGGUGUUCGUGGGGAACGACUCGGGGCGAGUGAAGCCCCACGGCUUCUACCAGGCGUGCAGGGUGACGGGCAGGAACACCACGCCCUGCAAGGAGGUGGACAUCGAGGGCACCACUGUCAUCGAGGUGGGGCUGGACCCGAGCAACAACAUGACACUGGCGGUUGAUUGUGUGGGAAUCCUGAAGCUGAGGAAUGCUGAUGUGGAAGCCAGGAUAGGGAUUGCUGGCUCCAAGAAGAAAAGCACCCGCGCUCGGCUCGUCUUUCGCGUCAACAUCACGCGCAAGGACGGCUCCACCCUGACCCUGCAGACGCCUUCUUCCCCAAUUCUGUGCACUCAGCCAGCGGGAGUCCCAGAGAUCCUAAAGAAAAGUCUCCACAGCUGUUCAGUGAAGGGUGAAGAGGAAGUUUUUCUGAUUGGCAAGAACUUCCUAAAGGGAACAAAAGUGAUUUUCCAAGAGAAUGUUUCGGAUGAGAAUUCUUGGAAAGCAGAAGCUGAAAUUGACAUGGAAUUAUUUCAUCAGAAUCACCUUAUUGUGAAGGUGCCACCAUAUCACGACCAGCAAAUCACCUCAGCAGUGUCUGUGGGAAUAUACGUGGUGACCAACGCUGGGAGAUCGCACGACGUGCAGCCCUUCACCUACACUCCAGAGCCAGCUGGGACUCUGAAUGUUAAUGUGAAGAAGGAAAUCUCCAGCCCAGCCCAACAUUGUUCUUUUGAAGAGGCUAUAAAAGCAGUGAAGGCCACGGGCUGUAACCUGGAGAAGGUGAACAUUCUUCCUAGUGCCUUGAUAACUCCACUCAUGCCAAGCAGUAUGAUCAAGAACGAAGAUGUGGCUCCAAUGGAAGCUUCAAAUGUGGUCGGACCAACUCAGCAAACAUUGGAAAACAGCAUGUCUGGCAUAUCAACUUCUGCUUCCCAUUUACCUUCUGAAAGUGAAAACCAGCAGCAAAUCCAGCCCAAGGUGUACACCCCAGAGACCCUGAGCACCAUCCAAACGCAGGACAUUUCCCAGCCCGGCAGCUUCUCCGCAGUGUCCACCCCGGGCCAGCUGCAGAACAGCGAUGCCCUGCUGCAGCAGGCUGCGCAGUUCCAGCCGCGGGAUUCGCAGCCCAGGGAGGUGCUGCAGUCGGAUGGCACGGUGGUGACUCUGUCCCAGCUGACCGAUGCCUCGCAGCAGCAGCAGCCGACGCUCUCGGAGCCGGCACAAGCCCUGCAGCAGCAGAUUUCCUCCAGCAUCUUCUCGUCGGCCAGCGGCGUGAGUCAGCUCCAGAACACCAUCCAGCAGCUCCAGGCUGGGAACUUCCCCACCAACACCGCCACGGGCAGCAGCAGGAACGUCGACUUGGUGCAGCAGGUUCUGGAGGCUCAGCAGCAGUUAUCUUCCGUUUUGUUUUCGGGCUCAGACAGCAGCGAGGAUGUCCAAGAUCAGCUGAACGCAGAUAUCUUUCAGCAGGUCAGCCAGAUACAGAACAGUGUAAAUCCAGGGAUGUUUUCCUCCUCAGACACAGCUGUCCAUUCCAGACCGGAGAACCUUUUGCCUGGACGAGCUGAGAACGUUCACUCCCAGCCUGAAGGUGCCCUGUCCAACCAGCAGCAGCAGCAGCAGCAGCAGCAGGCCAUGGAGACGUCGGCCAUGGUGAUGGGGAUGCAGCAGAACAUGUGCCAGGCGGCCACGCAGAUGCAGUCGGAUCUGUUCUCCUCCACCACGGCGGGGAACGGAGCCCUGCAGCAGUCCCCGGUGUACCAGCAGGCGUCUCACAUGAUGGGUGGGUUAUCCUCCAGUGAAGACAUGCAGAUGCAGUGUGAGCUGUUCUCCUCGUCCCCGGGGGUGUCCGGCGGCGAGGCGCCCGCCCCCGCGCAGCAGCCGGUCUCCAACAACGGCCCUGCCAUGUUCCAGCCGACGAGCUCUGCAGAGGGAGAGGAGGCCUCGGGGCAGAGCAAACAGAUGCAGAGCUCUGUGUUUCAGACCAUGGUUCAGAUGCAGCAUAGUGGGGAAAGUCAGUCCCAGGUUAAUCUCUUCUCAUCUACCAAGACCAUGAUGAGUGUCCAGGCCAGUGGGACUCAGCAGCAGGGCGGGGGUCUGUUCCAGCAAGGUGGAGAAAUGAUGUCGAUUCAGUCGGGAAGCUUCAUCCAACAGUCUCCACACUCACAAGCUCAGCUUUUCCACUCUCAGAACCCUAUUGGUGACACUCAGAAUAUAUCCCAGGAAACACAAGGAUCCCUUUUUCAUAGCUCAAAUUCCAUUGUCCACAACCAGACCAACACUAAUUCCUCUGACCAACUGCAGCCCCCGAUGUUCCACUCACAGAAUGCCAUGGGUGUCUUGCAGAGCUCCUCGGUGCCUCAAGACCAGCAGUCUGCCAACAUGUUCCUUUCCCAGAGUUCCAUGAGCAACCCUGCCACUCAGGAAGAGCAGAUGUCAUUCUUUACGAGCCCAAAUCCCAUUUCUCCUCUUCAGACAGCAACAAACACCGAACAGCAGGCUUCUUUCCAGCAGCAGACACAGAUCUCUCAUAUCCAGAGCUCCAUGCUUCCCCAGGAGCAGCCCCAGACUCAGCCUGCUCAGCAGGGUUUGUUUCAGUCCCAAGUGUCAUUGGGCUCCAUCCAGUCCAGCUCCAUCCCUCAGAACCAGCAAGGAGCCAUCUUCCAGCCUCAGCAUUCGAUUGUUGCUAUCCAGAGCAGCCCUCCGUCUCAGGAGCAGCAGCAGCAGCAGCAGCAGAACAUGAUGUUCAGCAAUCAAAAUGCCAUGAGUACAAUGGCCUCCCAAAAGCAGAACAUGAUUUUCAAUCCAAAUCAAAACCCGGUUACCAAUCAGGAGCAACAAGGCCAGUCCAUUUUCCAUCCGCAGUCCAACAUGGCCUCAAUGAAUCAGGAGCAGCAGCCCAUGCAAUUCCAGAGUCAGACCACAGUGUCUCCUCUCCAGAAUCCUGGAACCAACCAGGCCGAAGCACAGCAGCCAACCAUCUUCCAUAACUCGCCCCAGAUUCAGCUGGUCCAAGGGUCCCCAAGUUCUCAAGAGCAACAAGUCACCCUCUUCAUCUCCUCAGCUUCCAUGUCUGCCCUGCAGAACAGCAUGAGCCAGCCGGAGCUGCAGCAGUCCCCCAUGUACUCCUCCCAGAGCAGCAUGGCAGGAAUGCCAGGAACUGCUUCUCCUCCCCAGCAGCAGGCUCCUUUGUUCCACAACACGGCGGGAGGUGCCAUCAACCAGCUGCAGAAUUCCCCAGCCUCAUCCCAGCAGACAUCAGGAAUAUUCCUGUUUGGCAUCCAGAACAACUGUGGCCAGUUGCUGCCCCCUGGGCCGGCGGCGCUGCCGGAGGAGCUGAUGGCCAUGGGCCAGCCCGGGCAGCCCCAGGGCGAGGCGCAGCCCGCGGUGCCCGCGCUCCUGUCCCAGCAGCUCCCCGAGACCCCGCCGCUGCCCUCGGCCAUGGCCACCAACCAGAACAUGGAGAAGAUAGAUGAUCUGCUCGUGUCCCUGCAGAACCAGGGGAACAACAUGGCUGGCUCAUUUUGAUUAGGCAAGUGAAAUCCCGUGAAGAAAAAAAAGCGACGAUUUCCCAGAUCCUGUCAGACCUUCCAACUCUGGAUUAGGCUGCGUGGAACCAAU